UCCAAGAUGGCGGACGAAGAGGAAGAAAUGGAAGCGAUGUCUCAUCCAGAACUAAUGGCCUUGUUUCGUAAGGAGCUGAAUAAACUGAUGCAGGAUCCCCUGCUGGCUGAUUUGCCGUCUGAACCGACAGUUGAGGAAGUGAAUGCCCAGCUCGCCUUAGAACAUGGUCGUGCUAUUGUGGUUAAUGUGAGACAAAUGGAUGAUGUUGGAACCAUUCUGCCUGUGGUUGUUGUUCAAAAUGCUACUGUGGAUGAUCUUAAAAAAGCUAUUAAGAGACACAUUACUCUAAAGCAAGAACGAGAAGGAGGGACAAUCACUAACAUCAACUGGAAACAUGUUUGGAAGACCUAUUUGUUGACAUAUGAUGGUCAGAAGCUAACAGAAGAUCAUAAACCACUUAAAGAGUAUGGUAUAACCAGUAAAGAUGUAGUCACCUUCACAAAAAGACUAAGACGAAAAUAACGAAAAAUGGUGUAUUUUCAUAACAAAGAGAUGAAUAGCUGGUUAAAUUUCCCAAAAAAAUUUUCAUUUGUGUACAUAUGUAUAUAAUGACA